AUGCUACGAGUUGUUACCCGGUCUGUUACCCGUCCUUACGAGUUGUUUCGAGUUGGUGGUGCGCGCAGUGGAGAUGGGCCCAAAUCUUUGCGCAAGCUGCCACUAGCAACAGACAUCGACACUAGAUGCGGCUGCUCAACCGGACUUUUGGCCACUCAGCCGGCAAAAAGAGAAGUGCUUCGGUCGGACGCUACAGUGGUGGAUGAUACCUGGCUGAAGAGGAGCUGCCAAAUGAGUGGCGAACUUCAACCCUCUGAGCUCAUUUAUGUGCCAAGAGGCGUUCCAAUCCACCUCUCCAAACGGGUGCAUCUGGUGGAUGAGGACUGGGAAAGAGCUCGGCACCAACACGUGCACCUGCACCGCAAGGUGACAUUGGCAUCAACUCCAGUCACGGUUAAACAGGAAGGGUAUGACAUCCUGAUGGGACAACGUGACAACCCUGUCCCGUUGCAGCUGCAACCAUGA